GAUGAGGGGAAAAAAGGCCGGACCGGGGGUAUUAAAUGUCCCGCGGACAGUAACGGUGAGUCACGCGCAGAAAAGCAGCGGAUCGUACAGAUUGCUGCUUGAUAGAUGAGUUGUAUCGAUUAUUGAUUCACAGCGGGGAUAUUUUUCACGGCCGGGUUCUGCUGGAUUAAAACGCCUCCACUCACCGGGACAUCUGCAUUUCUCUCAGUUUUCACAUCGGCCCCGUCAAGUUUAUUCUGGGAGUCAUAACGGCAGCCGUGAUGCCGCCGGUGUUAACCACGUCCAACAGGAACUAUGAUUAUGACUAUGACACGAUUCAGCCCUACUUCCUCCUGGAUGGCGAGGAAGAGGACUUCUACCUGCCUCCUCGCAGCCAGCUCCUCCCAGGCCCCGGCGAGGACAUCUGGAAGAAGUUCGAGCUGCUGCCGACGCCUCCCCUCUCCCCCAGCCGGAGACCCUCCCUGUCCGGCGUCCCGCUGUCCGCCUCUGAACACCUGGAGGCGGUGUCAGACCUGCUGGACGAGGACUGCAACCCCUCCGAGGCCUUCCUCCAGUCCUUCAUCAUCCAGGACUGCAUGUGGAGCAGCAGCUUCGCGGCCGCCACCAAGCUGGAGAAGGUGGUGUCCGAGAGGCUGGCCUCGCUCCGGUCCCGUUGCGACUCCUCCGCGACCGACGGCACAAACGGCGCCGCAGACAGAGCGGCGGACCAGCAGGUGGGCAGCUCUCAGGUGAACACGGGGUACCUGCAGGACCUCCACACGGCGGCGACAGACUGCAUCGACCCCUCUGUGGUGUUUCCGCACAGCUCGCCGAGCGAGAGGAGUCGUGAUGGAGCAGCGAUGGAGGCGACAGCAGAACUGUGCGUGGACUCACCGCCGCUCAGCAGCAGCAGUGAAUCAGAAGAAGAAGAGGAGGAGAAUGACGAGGAUGAAGAGGUCGAUGUGGUGACGGUGGACAGGCGAAAGGCGUCUCGGCGAUCAGACACCAGCAGCAGACCGGACGCCUCCCCGCUGGUGCUGAAACGCUCUCACAUCAACAUCCAUCAGCACAACUACGCCGCCCAGCAGCCUUCAGCGACGCGCCAACAGCCUGCUGGGAAGCGGAUGAAGUCGGAGAGCAGAUGCCCGGCGGCGGCGAGGCAGAGCGGCGGCCGCAGGUGCUGGAGUCCGCGGUCCGACGGAGAGGACGAGGACAAACGCAGGACUCACAACGUGCUGGAGAGGCAGCGCAGGAACGAGCUGAAGAUGAGCUUCUUGGCUCUGAGGGACGAAAUCCCGGCGCUGGCCAACAAUGACAAGGCGGCGAAGGUGCUGAUCCUGAAAAAGGCGACCGAGUUCAUCGCGAAGAUCCGAGAGGACGAGAGGAGGCUGCUGAGGAUGAAGGACGAGCUGAGGAAGAGGAGCAGAGAGCUGAAACACAGACUGGAGCAGCUGAGGACUUUACAUUAACUGUGUAAUAGUUUUCAUGUCAGAGACUGAAUUCAGAACAUCUGGACUGCAGCCAACAUCCAAUCAGAGUCAAGCUGAAUUGUUUGGUGUGUUAAGCACCAGAAUGAUGAGUAACGUAAACAGGAAGUGGCUGCUGGUCUGCAAUCAGUCAACCUGUGUCUGUCUGUAUCUGUGUUAUUUUUAUUGACAGCUUCUGCACGUUUUCAUUUAAACUUGUUUUUCUUAAUGUUUUGUUCAAAAGUCAGAUGUCUGGUUCAGCAUCUGACUGGUUGUGUCACAUGACUUUAACUGAAAGCGAUCAAUAAUUUAAUCUUAUUUAAUCAGCACUUACUCCCUAAAGUGUGGAUUUCUUCUUAUAUGUUUCAGUUCAAAUAGUUUUUAUUUUUAUAUUUUCCUUCAUCAGCUGCUUCUCUAUAAAAUCAGCUGGAUGACAGGAAGUGCAUCAGAGGCACUGCAAGCUCUUCAAAAUAAAAGCCCUUCAUACAGUG